UUUGGCCUGCCACCGCUUUCUCCUCGUCAUUGCGGGCAUCCUUGACCGGGGCCACCUCUCCGUCUGCAGUUUUUUUUCCUUCCUGGCAGGGCAUUCCCUUCGGGCGCUGUAUGCAUGACACUCCGAAAAGGAGAGAAAACCACAAUCAGCAUCCAAGAACACAUGGCCAUUGACGUCUGCCCUGGACCCAUCCGCCCCAUCAAGCAGAUCUCGGAUUACUUUCCCCGUUUUCCCCGUGGCCUCCCCGCCACGGUCAGCCGGAGCAACAGCCUGCGCUCUUCGUCCAGCCAGGCCACGGUCAGCCCCUCGGAAACAGCCCCCCGGGAAGAUGACGAGGACGUGGACCAACUUUUCGGGGCGUACGGGACGGAGCCGGUGGAGCAGCCCGCCAAGCCGCCUGUCAAACAAGAGGAGGAGGCGGUGGAUGCAGAUGGAUACGAAUCCGACGACUGCACUGCCUUGGGGACAUUAGAUUUCAGCUUGCUAUACGAUCAAGAAAACAAUGCGCUGCACUGCACUAUUAAUAAAGCCAAGGUGCCAAAACCUCACUACAGAAAGGGCCUGAAGCCGAUGGAUCAUAAUGGGCUGUCUGACCCCUACGUGAAAUUGCAUUUGCUUCCUGGUGCCAGUAAGGCAAAUAAACUGAGGACCAAAACCUUAAGGAAUACUCUGAAUCCAACUUGGAACGAGACUCUCACAUAUUAUGGGAUCACAGAUGAGGACAUGAUCCGGAAAACACUCAGGGUUUCUGUCUGCGACGAGGACAAAUUCCGCCACAAUGAGUUCAUUGGAGAAACGAGGAUCCCCUUGAAGAAGCUGAAGCCCAACCAGACCAAGAAGUUCAACAUCUGCCUGGAGAAGCAACUGCCUAUUGACAAAACAGAGGACAAGUCCCUGGAAGAGCGCGGUCGGAUCCUGAUCUCCCUCAAAUACAACUCCCAGAAGCAAGCCCUGCAUGUGGGCAUCGUCCGCUGCGCACACUUGGCCGCCAUGGAUGCCAACGGCUACUCAGACCCCUAUGUGAAAACAUACUUGAAACCGGACGAGGAUAAAAAAUCGAAGCACAAGACAGCAGUGAAGAAGAAAACGCUGAAUCCCGAAUUUAAUGAGGAGUUCUGCUAUGAUAUCAAGCACGCCGACUUGACCAAGAAAACACUCGAGGUCACGGUAUGGGAUUACGACAUUGGGAAGUCCAACGACUUUAUCGGGGGUGUCGUGCUCGGGAUCAACGCCAAAGGAGAGCGGCUCAAGCACUGGUUUGACUGCCUAAAGAACAAGGAUAAGAAGAUCGAGCGCUGGCACACUCUCACCAAUGAGCUGCCGGGAGCCAUCCUCAGCGACUGACCUGGGGAGCAACACGGCACAUCGAUCUCAACCACGGAGCAGCAGCCUUUGCCUCUGCUGCGCAAGACAAGAGAGUUCCUGAGCCUCAGGAGCGGAGGGGAGAUGGAUUGGGAGCCCCCCAAGAGGCACCCCAUUGGCAGGGAACGCCCGGAACCCCAGACAAGGCUGUCUUCCCUGUUGCUUGGCCAGUGUCCGCCCUCGAGAUGUCUUUCCGGGAUACUUUGAACCCGAUCUUUUGCAGCAAGUUUUCCUGUGUGUGUGCGUGCGCGUGUGUGUAUACGUGUGAUGAGAGUGUCUCCAGGCCUGCAUGCAUUCAGGCAACCAUGUUUUGAUCUCCAUGCAGUGGCAACCCAAUGCACAAUAUACAUAUAUAUAUUCACACACAUACAUAUAUAUAUAUGGCAUUUUCCUCCCGUUAUGUUUUCUAAUUUGUACCGAAGGCAAAGCAUUGAUCCGAUCUCAGAGAUAAGAGGGCCUUCCAUUUGCAUUUAUUUGCGGCGUCUGUCGUUGUGGGUGAGUGGUUUGGCUUCCUCCCUCCUCUCCCACCUCCAAAUUUCAGUUCUGAUUUCCUCUGUUCCCCCAAACAACGUGUACAAAGUUGUUGUAG